CGGAUGGUUCCGUGCCAGGUCGUGCACAAAAAAUAGAUAGCAAGGGCACAACACGAUUGGGCCUUAGACCCUAAAUUGGCUCAGAACGCGGAAUAUUAUCGUUCACGUAUUUCAACUGACUUUGGAAAAUGAAUUUUGAGAGACAUUUGAAUCAUGUGUAAAUGAUUUUCCGCCCGUGCGUAUUUGCUCUGGGAUGAAUACGCAACGAGUAGGUGGCACUCGGCUUGCGGUAUUUGUGACAUGUCGCGUCGGUGACACUUUAAAAAUAAAGCCAAAAAAUAUCUGGUGUCCAUUUUGCCCGGCCAGCCAAGCCGACGCUUUUAGUUCGUGGGGGACGAUGACCGGCCGGCAGGUCCCGAUCUCGGAUUUUCAAGCCUCCCAUGCAGCCUUUCAAUCGUCGCUGGCCCAACCAGGAGAUUUCAGCCCAUUUGUAACUUGAAAAAAAGACCCUGCGGUAAGACGAGAUUGUUUUUGUUGUUGUUUUGCGCGUGGAUUUGCUGAAAAGUGGUACGAGCAUAACGGUGGCGCGCACACAAUCGGUAUGUUCAGCAAACAGAAGUCAUUGGGUCGAGUUUCUGUAAUAAUCGACGUAUGUUUUCGGUGGCCCAAAAGGGAAGGAAAAAUUGAAAUGGUGGCGGCAGUUUGUCGCUACUCUUUACUUGAGUACUUUCUUUAAAUUCAGUACCUUCAAGUAAGUAUUUGUUGAGUAGUUUUUCCAUUUGACCUGAGUCAUAUUAUUCCCAUGUAAGAGUACUCUGACUUGAGUACAAUAUCCGGAUACUAUACACAGCUCUGCUCGCGACGUGCGUGUAAAACGUUGACGAGAAGACGUUCAUAUACUGUACUUUUAUAUUUUUCUUUCGGAUGGAUGUGUCCUAAAUCCAUAAGGAGCCUCUGAAAUCCAAGUUAAUUACUAAUUAAUACACUCGAUAAAUCGUGAUUAUGGAUUUUUGUCAAGUCAAUGUGAUACCUGAGAAAUAAAAAGCAAGCGAGCGCAGGAUGUUGAAACUCAUAACUGUGCACAUAAUUUGGAGCUGCGGGGUAUUGGAAUGGAAAAAAAAAAAAAUAUGAUGCCGUUUCCUGCUGAUGAACUAAUUUAGUGCGAGGUGUGUAAAUACAUUUUUUCCUUUUUCCAUUUCCAGUUUAUAGGAGAGUAAUUGCUGACUUUUAAUUACACGGAUUGUUCCAUUUGAAACAUACAAAAGUUUCCCGGCCUUGAAACGGUUGCAACUUCUCGUGACUUUCUUGAUUAUUUUAGCAGAAUUGACGAGCACGUUUGCGAGGUUUGGGGUUCAAAUGUCAGCUGUGCUCCUCCCGUGUGCGCUUUGCAGGUUUUCGCUGUGCUUGCUUGCGUGGUUUUGUUUUCCGAGCACACGUGCGGAAGCUUUGGGGUCAUUUCAGACGCCUUCUAAGAAUAUCUUAAGAAUUAUCUGAAUAUAAUCGGCAGUGUAUCAAGUACAAAUGAUAAAAAUGCGCGAAUAGCCUGCUCGAGAGCGAUAAUGGGAUUAUGAAUCCUUUAUCAGCGCCUGAGAGAAAAGGCAAAGUGCAUUUUUGUUUUGCUGCAUUGCAGGGUCCUGUUUUUGCAGGUGCAGAUCUCGUCCCAGUGUCAAGGUAACCUCUGACCUCGGCGCAGCACUUUCAUUUUCACAUGUCGUUGUAGUCGUUCAGUUUUUCGAGAUUGCUUCUUGACCCUCCAAAAUCCAACGGUUGGAUGAUUCUGUGGGAAGCUAAUGCGGUCAGAAGCGACGCCUUUCCCCGCAACGGCGUCCUUCCUGCCCCGUAUCGAUACACAUGUACAGUACAUGACCGGAGCUAUUGUACAGUUUUUGAGAUUCGCUUUCAAAAUAACAGCAGGUGCAUCUUUCUGCAGGAAAAACAAGCACUUACUUAAAUACUUUUGCCACUGUCCCAUGACAAAAAAAAAAAAAAAAAACAAAGCUCAUAUUUACGACAUGUAGACCACCCUGAACUGGUCGCCGGGUCCUCAGAACUGUGAGCCUCACCAUGCCGCGUCUGUUUUAUAUAAAAUGAUGAAUUUCCAGCGGCACGGUGGAACCGCUGGCGUCGGCCUCACAGUUCUGAGGAGCCGGGUUGGAUCCCGGCCCCGCCUGCGUGGAGUUUGCUUGUUCCCCCCGUGCCUGUGUGUGUCUUUUCUCCGGGUGGGCACUCCGGUUUUCUUCCCACAUGCCCAAGAACAUGCAACAUUAAUUGGACGCUCUAAAUUGCCCCGAGGUGUGAUUGUGAGUGCAGCUGUUGUCUAUGUCGCCUAUGUGCCCUGCGAUUGGCUGGCGACCAGUUCUGGGCGUACCCCGCCUCCUGCCCGUUGACAGCUGGGACAGGCUCCGGCGCUCCCUUGACCCUCGUGAGGAUAAGUGGCUAAGAAAAUAGCUGGAUAGAUGGAUUAUUUUCGAAAUGAUUGCGACAGACGAACCGUUGUUAUCGUAAUAAUGAUGAGAAAAUAAGUGAUUUCUUGAUGGCGAGGGGAAGAAUAUUAGAAGCUGAAAUGAGUUUAUUUUUCAACAUUUGUGUUUUCUUUUGGACAUUCGCGUACGUGUUACCGACUGCAGCGCAACACAAACCGAGCCACACGCAGCCAGUCGCCGUGUUUUAUCCGAAUGAAGACGGGGGGCGCACGGGGGCCGCCACAAUUAAUUGUUGAAGGUAACGCUUCUAUGUUUGGACAGCUGAGACGUUGGGUCGAGCCCCCCGCCCCGCGAAACCGAGGGAAGUCGGACAAUGAGCCACCUCUAAGGAAGAAAAAUCAAACGGCUUCCUCCGGCUUCACGUCAACAGCGAUCGUGGCUGACGCGCAGGCUGUGACAAAGGGAAACAAAAGUAGACGGCGGCGAGCCGACGGGUCGCCGGGGAGACUGUCGUCCUCGAGGCGCUUGCGGAGAAAAGAAAUUCCUUUCUACAUUUUUAACUUUCAGCUAAUCGCCAGCCAAGGUCACGGUUGUUAUUUUCCCUUCCGCACACAAAGGCGACACAAAUCAAAAGUCAAUACAGAUACAUAUUUUGCGUCCGAGCGGCCGCGCGCUUCAGAAACGUCGCUUGCUGGUUCCUUCUCCUUUGUGUGGACUUUUGUCGUCAGAACUCUGCAAAAGACUCCGAAGCUUUCGUCGAGUCACGCCGGACGAGAUCAAGCUCCCACCAAAUGGCGAGAAAAGUGGGGGCGGGUCGUCGCAAUUUAAUAUCAUUUUUAAGGCACUUUUAAGAGUAAACGUGAACAUUGAAGAUGAAAUAUGACGGCCCGUCCCGGAAAAGGAGAAGCGCUCGCUCGCAAAAUCACUUUUGAGACAGAUUUGUGGACAAUAUUUCAGAGGAAUAUGCCUUUUAAGUACCGUACAUACAAAAGUCAGAAAUGUUUUGAGUUGAGAGCAGCUUUGAUCGAUAUUAUUGAUGUACGUAUAUUGAUCACACAAUUUGGGCUCCUUCAGACUUGCUCGAGUUAUUUCCAGCAGCUUCGGUUUGGAGGACCAUCUGUUGAGUUCCCAGACCUCCCCUUCCUGCCCCCCUCCCCUGACUUGUAUUUCUUGUUCCAGCGCACGUGAGGAGAUCAGAAGCCUUUCCGCGGGACCCCUCUGGGGUGGGGUGGGGUGGGGUGGGGUGGGGGGUUGGUUUUAGCCGGUCACGCUCACGCCCAGCGACACACUUCAACGGCACUCGAAAGCCCCCGAAUCCGACAUGCCGGCGGACGCUCUGGGCUACGUCCCGCCGGACGGAGGCUGGGGCUGGGCCGUGGUCUUGGCCUCCUUCAUCUCCAUAGGAUUCGCCUACGCCUUCCCCAAGUCGCUCACCAUCUACUACAAGGAGAUUCAGGAGUAUUUCUCCAUUUCCUACAGCCAGAUCGCGUGGCUGUCGUCCGUCAUGCUCGCGUCCAUGUACGCGGCAGGGCCCGUGAGUAGCGUUCUUGUCAAUCGCUACGGCAGCAGAGCGGUGGUCAUGGCCGGGGGGUUCUUGGUUUCCUCCGCCAUGGUGCUCGCCUCUUUCGGAACAACCAUCGUCCAUCUGUAUCUUUGCGUCGGAGUCAUCGGAGGUUUUGGCCUGGCCUUCAAUCUUCAGCCCGCCCUGACCAUCAUCGGCACCUACUUCCACGCGAAGAGGCCGCUGGCCAACGGGCUGGCCAUGGCAGGAAGUCCGGUGCUUCUCUUUACGCUGGCGCCGCUCAAUCAGCUUCUCUACGAUUCUUUUGGCUGGAGGGGAAGCUUCCUGAUCCUGGGGGGGCUCACUUUGAACUGCUGCGUCGCCGGGUCUCUCAUGAGACCCGUGAACAAAAAAGUCCAAGGCCAACUCCAACGUGAGCCACACGAGAGGGCCGGGGCAGGUCCCCAACACGCCGAGGCCCAAAGGACGGGCGGCGUGCAUCGAUUUAUCGACGUGUCGCUCUUCAAACACCGAGGAUUCCUCAUUUACCUGCUCGGCAACGUGGUGAUGUUUUUUGGCUUUUUCGCUCCGGUGGUUUUUUUAGCCCCGUACGCCAAACACCUGGCCGUCGACGAAUACUCGGCGGCGUUCUUGCUCUCCAUCUUUGCUCUCGUGGACAUGUUCGUGAGACCGGCGACCGGCUUGAUGGGCAACACCCAGCGGAUCCGUCCCCGGAUCCAGUAUUUAUUCAGUUUUGCCGUUUGCUACAACGGAGCGUGCCACCUUUUGUGCCCUCUGGCGUCCGGGUACGCCGGCCUCGUCGUUUAUGCCGUCUUUUCGGGGAUGGCCUUCGGGAUGGUGUGUUCUUUGCUUUUCGAAGUGCUGAUGGACCUCGUGGGAGCUCCCCGCUUCUCCAGCGCGGUCGGACUCGUCACCGUGAUCGAGUGCGUCCCGGUCCUCCUCGGCCCUCCGCUUUCAGGUUGGCGACCCAAUGGGAGCGCUGGUGGAUAUUUUUGGAGAGUACAAGUACAUGUACUACGCGUGUGGCGUCUUGAUGCUGGCGCCGGGCGUGUUUUUCUUCAUCAUGCACUACUACAACUACAAGAGGCUGGACGAGGAGGGGAGGCAGCGGCCGUCGGCGGAGACGAGCGCGUGUGGAGAGGCUGUGCAGAUGAAAAGGAAUCAGAACGAACCGCAGCGAUGAAUAUCUUGUCCCGAGUGUGUGCCGUGUACUUGAUAUUUACUAAAAAAACAAAACCCCACUUCUUACCUCAAGCAAGAGUUUUGGUAUGUGUGGCCUUUUAG